AUGGGCCUGGGCCGCGCUCGGCUCCCCCUGUUUGCUCUCCUGGCCCUAGCUCUCCGAGCCCCAGAUCCUGGAUUAACCCAAGCACUGACUCCCCCCCGCCAGGUGAAUGGGAUUGUGGGAGGCUCAGUCGUGCUGUCUGUGGAUCUAUCCCCCGGGAGAAAGGUGAAAGAAAUCGAAUGGAGCUUUCGUGCUGCGUCAGGUGUGACGCUCCAGCUGGCUGAGUUCAGUGGGGGGAAGUUUGAGCGACCCGAUCCCAACGACAGAUUUAAGCAGAGGCUAGAAAGGUACAACGAGACCUCGCUGAGGAUCAAGGCUCUGGAACUGGGCGAUCGUGGAGUUUAUGAGGCCCGGAUUAAGAUAGUACCAGCAACUGUGGAGGAACAGGCCUUUCGCCUCGCGGUCUAUGAGCCCGUUCCAGCGCCGGAGAUAGAGAGUCACUUGCUCUCCAGCACGGCAACUGGGUGCAAUGUCACUCUCCAGUGUCAGGUGUCUGGCAGGGAAGAGGUUAACGUCGUCUGGAGUAGAGGGAACCCACCCCGAGACCUGGGCGAUUCCAAGCGGUACCAGCUCAGCCCGGAUGGCAGAACCCUUCACCUGUCUCUGCAGCCCAACCUCACGGACUCUACCUUCACCUGCACGGCCAGCAACCCCGUGGACCAGAAAAACAUCUCUCUUGACCUGCAGAGCAUCUGCCAAAGCAGUGGAGCGGCUCCCAGUCCUUGCCAUUGGAAAGCCAUUAUUGGGGCGCUGUUCCUGGGACUUGAGAUCAAUGCCAUGGUCCUUGUGAACCUGGUGCACAGAAAAAUGCCGUAACGCUGGCGGUUGGGCUGGAACCUCGUAUCGCAGACACCUGACGAGAAGGUGGACGGGGACUGACGGGGAGGCGGGGGGAGCAGGCUAUCGGGUGAAAUCCUGGCCCCGGUGAAGUCAAUGGGAGUUUUGCCAAUGACUUCUGUGGAGUCCGGAUUUCACCCCCAGGUGUAGCGUGGUCCCCAGACUCUCCAGUGAAAUGCACCUGUUCAUCAGAGAAUUGUCCGAGCAAGCUUUGUCUAAAGGAGGUGUUUCUCCACGGUAAAGAGAAAUAAAAGUGCCGGAUAUUUGAAAGUA